ACAACAACAUGGCAGCCUCCUUUGAGCUGUCAUGCUGGGUGAUCGAGAGAGUCAAGUUUGGCUCAAACUGACUAUUUUAUCACAUCCUUUAGUUUGUGUGUCUGUUUUACCCCCUGAAUAUAUUGUUUAAAGAAGGUUCUUGGUCAUGCUCGCGUCUAAGGCGGUGAGGAUGUUGCGCAGAGGGAAGGUCGGGUCUCUGGUCCGGUGCAGCCGGAGGCUGUCCGGGGACCAGCCCGACCUCAGCGACCCUCCCCCGGGCAGCCGGCCCGAGGCCGCCCGGCAGCGGAGCCCCAGGCCCCGGAGGGACCCCGGCGACUGCUCCGUGCUGCUCUUCCCCGGACAGGGCAGCCAGUUCGUGGGCAUGGCCGGGGGGCUGCUGAAGUACCCCAACGUGAAGGAGAUGUUCUCCGCGGCGCAGAAGAUCCUGGGCUACGACCUGCUGUCUCUGUGCCUGCAGGGACCGGAGGAGCAGCUGCGGAGGACCGAGGUCUGCCAGCCCGCCGUGUUCGUCACCUCCCUGGCGGCGGUGGAGAGGCUGCAGCAGGAGAACCCCAAGGCUGUCGAGACAUGUGUCGCUGCUGCUGGUUUCAGCGUUGGAGAAUUUGCUGCUCUCGUCUUCUCCGGUGCCAUGGAGUUUGCAGAAGCUCUGUAUGCAGUGAAGGUGCGCGCCGAGGCCAUGCAGAAAGCGUCCGAGCUGGUUCCCAGUGGGAUGCUGUCGGUCAUCGGUAAACCUCAGGCUCAGUAUAAAUACGCCUGCCUGCAGGCUAAAGAGCACUGCAGGAGUCUGGGGAUCGAGGAGCCGGUUUGCUCCGUGGCCAACUAUCUGUUCCCCGAUGGGAGAGUCAUCGCAGGGCACCAGCAGGCUCUGGACUUCCUCCAGCAGAACUCACGGCGGCUCCAUUUCAUGAGGACCAGACCUCUCUCGGUCAGCGGCGCUUUCCACACCGAGCUGAUGGCGUCGGCUACUGAGCCCCUCAGAGACGUUCUCAAGCAGGUGGAGGUUCGGCGUCCGGAGAUCAGAGUCUACUCUAACACGGACGGUAAGCGCUACAUGAGUGAGAGUCACGUGCGAAAGCAGCUGGUGAAACAGCUGGUGUCGCCCGUGAAAUGGGAGCAGACUCUGCACGAGAUGUACGAGAGGACGCAGGGCGAGGGCUUCCCUCACACGUACGAGGUCGGGCCCGGGAAGCAGCUGGGCGCCACGCUUCAGAAGUGCAACCGGAAGGCCUUCCAGUUAUACGCUAACGUGGAAGUGGCCACGUAGGAGGAGAGAGCAGGACUCUAAUGAAUACCAAUGAAACGUUUAUAUUCCCUACAGCUCUUGUUGUAUUAAUGUGUAAUAAAACUUUUUUUAAAUUAAUCAGACUCAGUUUUUUUAUCAUCAUAAAUUUUAUUUGCGUCACAUGAAAAAAACAAAAGCAUUUUCAGAUGUGCAACAGAAAGUCCAGCUCCCAUCAUUUUAUUGUAAGCAAAGCUACAUAUCAUUUGUAAAAAUCUUGGCCCCUUAAACCAGUAAGAAACUCCAACGACUGCAGGCCAGCAACAGUCCGCUCAUGUGAAACAUGAUUUAUAACAUUAAUAUAACUCUGAUCCGACAUGUCAGUGCAAUGAUAUACUGGCAAACAUCUCAGGCAACGCUGUAAAACAGUUUUUUUAACAAUUCUCAGUUGCUCUGCUUUUAUUUUUUUUACCUUUUUGUUUCCAGCUACAGCAACUUCAACACAGCUCAUUAAAAUAGUAUAAAAAGAGAAGUCAAAGUAAACAGCGGAAUUAAAGUAAGAAGUCAUUUUCACUCAUUUGCAAACUUUUUUUUGUCUUUUUUUCUUUUUUUUUUUUUUUGUCAAGCGUGUGAAGCCCAGAAAAGACCUGCUCAUAGCCCCUUUAGCUUUCUUCUUCCAACCACAGCGCACCAACGAUGCUCACCGUGGCCACCAGCGCCACAGUCAUAAGUGCUCGUCCCGCCCAGCCAGCGCAGACAACCGCUUUAAAAUGGGACAUCUGGGAAAUAAAACAUUUAGUCAGACACAUUUUCCUACUUUGGAACAUUUGUAAAAAUAAAACUUUGUUGAUAUAUCUCAAAGCAAUCAUAUGUACAUUAUGCACUGAAGCUGCAAGGGUUAGAAAUGGACAGAGGUGGGUAGUAACGAGUUACAUUUACUCCAUUACAUUUACUUGAGUAAGUUUUGGGAAAUUUUGUAC